GGAAAGGUCAAAACUCCGAGAGUCGCAGCUCUAGCUGCUGCUGCAGGUUGAAGUGCGAAGAAUUCGGAGGCAUCUAGCAGCUGCGUCUGCUAUUCUCAUCUCCGUCAUUUCUGCUGGCGUGUACAAGUAAACCUUAAACCAACUUCUCCAUGGCCUGGGCUGCAGUUCCCGGCUAAGCCAUUUUCUUAUUUGGCGAAAAGCCCCCGCCCAGAGGCCGAUUCGUCGCGGCGGCGGUGGGGAUCGAAGGUCGCUCAGGCUUGCAGAUGGGUCAGGGGCUGUGGAGAGUGGCCAGAAACCAGCAGCUACAGCAAGAAGUCUAUAGUGAGCAAGGCUACCUCAGCAGAGAGCAGAGCAGGAGAAUGGCUGCCAGCAACAUUUCUAACAGCAGUCAUCGUAAACAAGUCCAAGGAGGCAUUGAUAUAUAUCAUCUCUUAAAAGCAAGGAAAUCUAAAGAACAGGAAGGAUUCAUUAACUUAGAAAUGUUGCCUCCUGAGCUAAGCUUUACUAUCUUAUCCUACCUGAAUGCAACAGACCUCUGCUUAGCUUCCUGUGUUUGGCAGGACCUUGCUAAUGAUGAGCUUCUCUGGCAAGGAUUGUGUAAAUCCACAUGGGGUCACUGUUCCAUAUACAAUAAGAACCCACCUCUGGGAUUUUCUUUCAGAAAAUUGUAUAUGCAGCUGGAUGAAGGCAGUCUCACCUUUAAUGCCAAUCCAGAUGAGGGUGUGAACUACUUUAUGUCCAAGGGUAUCUUAGAUGAUUCAUCAAAGGAAAUAGCAAAAUUUAUUUUCUGUACAAGAACACUAAACUGGAAAAAGCUGAGAAUCUAUCUAGAUGAAAGGAGAGAUGUCUUGGAUGACCUUGUAACAUUACAUAAUUUUAGAAACCAGUUUUUACCCAAUGCACUGAGAGAAUUUUUUCGCCACAUCCAUGCUCCGGAAGAGCGUGGAGAGUAUCUUGAAACUCUUAUAACAAAGUUCUCACAUAGAUUCUGUGCUUGUAACCCUGACUUAAUGAGAGAACUUGGCCUUAGUCCUGCAGGAAAAGGCCAAGCAGACUGGGAUGAGGGGGGUUUUGUUUUUUUUCUUUUUCUUCCAGAUGCUGUCUACGUACUGUGCUACUCUUUGAUCCUACUUUCCAUUGACCUCACUAGCCCUCAUGUGAAGAAUAAAAUGUCAAAAAGAGAAUUUAUUCGAAAUACCCGCCGUGCUGCUCAAAACAUUAGUGAAGAUUUUGUAGGACACCUUUAUGACAACAUCUACCUUAUUGGCCAUGUGGCUGCAUAGGAGCACAGUUGCUAGACUUCACCUUUUAACUUCAAACUAAUGCUACCCAAGGACUAAACUGGGGUUACAUUAGUACUGGUCAUACUAGCCUCUGUGUACAAUCAACCUCAAAUGUACAACCAUUUCUUUCUUUUACUAUUUUCUUUUUUAGUAAUAUUCUUGGGGAACUAAAGAUUUUGCAGAAUUUUUCCUAAUUUUGCUUAUCAUGUUUUGCACAAAGCAGAGCCAUUGUCUGACACAGUUACUUAAGAAUGUAAAACUGACAUUAUACUCUACAAGGUAGUAUAUUUGUGCAUUAGAUUUACCAGAAAAAAUGUAUUCAUUCCCAUUCUUUUUUAAAGUACCAUGUAAUAUGUACAUAUUUAACUAAAGAGAUUUAUAAUCAUUAUUAUUUUAUUGUAAAGAUUUUAACUAAAGUCUUUCCUUUUUCUCUCAAACUGAGUUCUGAAAUUUAUUGAAAUGAUUCUUAUUGUAUUUCUAAAAGUUGACAUUAGCUAGAAACCAAUGCCUGCUUCUCUUUUCUUUGAACAUUGAAAAGAGUAUUGACUUGUUACUACAUUACUAUGCAAAGCAAACACUUAUUUUUAUAAUGUAAAUUCUUCACUUGACUUUUCAUUUGAAACUAAGUUUUUAUAAUAUUUUUAUUAGCAAAAUAUGUUCUAAAAUUUUCAUGCAUCUGAACAGAAUUAUUAGAACUCUAGUAAUAAUCUUUGCUUCAUUGCUAAAUUAAUCCAGCUUUACUGUUCUAACCUUGACAGUAUCCUUUCAGAAUCAGUUGAGAAAGAAAUACCAUGAAUGAUUAUAUAUCCUCUUUACUCAUUCAUUCAGUAAAUAUUUAUUAAGAGACUUCAAUAUGCCUACAGAUUAAUAAUUCAAAGACAUAUCAUCUGCCAUCACAUAUGUAACAUAACUGGGUAAUGAGAAAAAAAGUAUCAUUCAAUGGAAAGCAAAUGUAUAAAGUAUGUACUAAUUAACAAUUAUUUAAUGAAUAAAACAUUUACACUGGGAUGGUAAGGAACAAUAUGUGUAUAUGAUGACACCCUCUGGAAAUGAAAUGCAUCAGCUUUAGAGUAUUGUGUUACACAGUGAGUGUAAAUGGCUACUAGUUUAGGAAGAGAAACUUGUGGAAGUAGAAACUCCUAACUAGAUGUUGAACCCUUCAGAGCUGAUUGUUGCAGAGUACCUUGUGUAUCAAAGGAAGACAGGCUUCCCCUGACUCCAGCUGACAAACGUAAUCCUUGAGAAGGGCUGGCAUUUCCAAUGACUUGUCACUCUUGGCCACUUCCAGAGGGAUCCUGUAGGCUGUGAGCUCACUCUUAGUCUGAUGAAUGAGUGCCCUUGGCUUAAAUGAGGUGAGCUCCUUCACUUCAAGAGCUAAUUUUACAUAUAUAUAUAUAUAACAUCCUCCUCAUUAGAACUGUCAUAUGUGUAUGGAGGAUAUCCUACUCAUUUUAUCACUAGUCAACUUUUGUCUGUCUGCAGUGACCUCUGUGUUGCUAAAUCGUAAGGGUGAAGCUGACUGCUCUCAUCUUAGACUAUUUGAUUUCAUUUGACAGAUUUAUUCUUCCUUCUUAAAGUAUUUAUUUCUCUUGGCUUCAUGAACACCAUCUGAGACUGUUUUCCUCCCUCUCUGUCUGACUUUUUUUUUUUUUCCUAAAUCUCCUCUUUUGCAUGUUGUUGGUCUUCCUGACUUCUUGGGAAGAUCACAGAUGUUGGUCCUGGGACCUCUUUUCCACUCCACUCUAUUCCAAUUUGCUCUCUGAGUGAACAUAUGUAGAGUCAUGGCUUCAGUUACAAUUGCAAUCUCUAGUUCAAAUAUUUUCCACAAACUCCCAAUGCUUUUAUCUAAUGAUCUCCAUUAGACUGUAUGAUAGAAAUCUCAAACCUUGUAUUUCUAAAGACAAACAUGUUUUUUCCUCUCAUAUCCGCAUUUCUUAAGGCCAUUUCUGUCUCAGCCAACAUGCUGAAAAGCUUCAGAGUCAUAUUUAAGCUCUCGUCCUCUCAUACCUCAUAUUAGCAAAGCAUCUCCAGAAUAUAACCAUUUUAUGACUUCACCUUUACUAAUCCCAAUCCAGCCAUGGUCUUCUGGUACUUGACUGACUGUGAUAGCAUUCUGUCUGGUAUUCCAACUAUUUAAAAUAAUUCUGUUGAGCUUUGAGGGACUGUCUUAGCAGGGACAAUGCAUGCUUUAUAAAGCAUAAAGCUUAGAGUACACAGCAUCACAUAUGCCCAGAUAAGUACUCUAUUCUCUCCCUCCUUUCUCCCCCAUCUGUCAUUAAAUGUAUUUUGAAGGCCAGGCAGUGGCACAUCUAGUUUGACCCCUAGUUCCAAUCUAUAGGGAAGAGAUCUUCACACAUGGUGAAGCAAUGUAGCAGGUGUCUCUCACUCUCCCUCUUCCUAUAACUGUCUCUAUAGAAAGAGAAGUAGGGGAAAACAAUGGUCACUGGACGGAAUCUAGCUCUAGGUGUCAUGAAGGUGUCAUGAAGCUACCUAGCUCCAGCAAUAACCCUGAUGACAAGUGAAUGAAUGAAUUUGGAUUUUUAAAAAUCCUUUCAGUGGACCCAAAACAUGCAAGUUCUCUGCUGUAAUAUACUGAACUACUUCCUUGACCCUUCAAAGUAACACAAUCAUGAAUUUGGGUUGAUACUACAUCUUUGACUAUUUUGUGGCCACAUGACCUAACAUGCUUAAUUACUCUUGUCCUAGACAUAUGGGCCUUUUGUUUUCCUAACACAGCAACUCACAGCCAUUGUCCCUGUCAUCCCCUUCACUUUAACAAAUACUCAUGACUUAUACUAACACUUUCUUUAAAACUCUGCUCAGCUAUUUUAUUGUGGACAGGAAGGUGACUCUGGGCAUAGUGAAAGACUUGCAUGCUUGGGGUCUCAGAUUUGAUCCCUAGCACCACAUUUGGUUGUUCUGUCUCACAUAAAAUAUAUAUUUUUAAAAAAGUAUAGUGUGGUCCAGGUGGCAUAGUGGAUAAACCAUUGGACUAUCAAGCAUGAGGUCCUGAGUUCACUCUCUGGCAGCACAUGUACCAGCAUGUGAUGUCUGGUUCUUUAUCUUUCUCAUGAAUAAAUAAAUUAUUUUUU